AUGGCCGAAGUCGAUUUCGAUGACAUGGAACCAAUGGAAGAAAUGGACGUAUCCUCUAAUGAAGUUCCAACUGGUCCGCCAGCUAAAGAAGAAAACGAAAAAUGUGCUUUUGAUGGAAGUGAACUACCUUAUGUGAUUAUUAAUGGAAUGCCAAUGUAUCAGAAAAACCACAUUGUCGACAACCGUUGUCAGAUCUUCGAACGUAUAGGCUGGGAUGACCUAGUCGGUGCCACCUACCUAGCAAUCGCUCCCGAUGGCAAGGAACUAGUUUUGCGCGUGGGGAGCGAGCAAAUACUCAUUCCUCAGCUUGAAGCAUCGUUUUUAUGCAAGGUGGAGAAAAACCUAUGGCGCUCUUUCUCGCAAGUGCAUUCUAUUUGGCAAGGAGAAAAGUUCUACUUCCUUUCGCUAUAUUUUCGCAGUGGACCGUUGCUACGUGAAUGUUUCCAAUUCUGUGGAAGCAAAUUUAGUCUCGGCUCAGCCGGUCGAUUGGCCCUCGACAUUUUUUUAAUGAGAUGUUUGAACAUGCACGGAUACCUCAUGCGGGCGCUCUCCUUAGAGAUGUUUCAUUUUGACCCCUGCUCUCAUCCCAUAUACUGUCGCGAUGAACUAGAAGGAUGGUUAUACCUCUUCGUCUAUCUCGCCAAAGGCGCUUUGCCAUGGGAGAGUGACCGUUACGACAACGUUAAAUGGACAAAGAUUAAAAUGAUUAGUAAUGGCCGACUCUUUCAAGGACUUCCGUCACAAUUUAACAACAUUCUCAACGUUAUCACACGUGAGAGUGCAACACAACCAGUGUCUGACGACGACUACGAUAAACUGGAGCAGCUGACCAGGGAAAUCUUUCAUGAUGUUGGUGGUGCGGCAAACGAAGACGUCAAUUUUGACUUUGAGCGCGAUCCGACAGAGGAAGAAAUACCCAGAUUUCUCAUGGAACGUAAGCCAACCGACGACGAAGAUCUUCACGAAGAUGUAACACAGCGAAGUUGCGACGAAGAAGAAUGUAUGGGUGUGUGA